GAGGGAAACGCUGCCACCGAGGCAAAGGGCCCGGUAGCAACUUGGUUCCUGCGCGGAUGCUGGGGCUGUAAGGCGCCAGGCGGCCGGCUGGUUGUGGAUCGCAGAAGGAGGACGCUGGGGCCCGCCGUCCAUCCGCUGCUACUAUGAUUCCGGUGUCGCUGGUGGUGAUGGUGGUGGGUGGUUGGACUGCUGUCUACCUGGCCGACUUGGUGUUGAAGUCAUCUGUGUAUUUUAAACAUUCUUAUGAAGACUGGCUGGAAAAGAAUGGAUUGAGCAUCUCUCCUUUCCAUAUAAGAUGGCAAACUUCAGUUUUUAAUCGUGCCUUUUACAGUUGGGGACGGCGGAAAGCAAGGAUGCUUUACCAAUGGUUCAAUUUUGGAAUGGUGUUUGGUGUAAUUGCCAUGUUCAGCUCAUUUUUUCUCCUUGGAAAAACACUGAUGCAGACUUUGGCACAGAUGAUGGCUGACUCUCCCUCUUCUUCCUCUUCCUCUUCUUCCUCUUCCUCCUCUUCCUCCUCUUCAUCUUCCUCCUCUCUUCACAAUGAACAAGUGUUGCAAGUUGUGGUUCCUGGUGUAAAUUUGCCUGUCAAUCAACUGACUUACUUCUUCGCUGCAGUCCUCAUUAGUGGUGUUGUACAUGAAAUUGGACACGGUAUAGCAGCUAUUAGGGAACAAGUUCGAUUUAACGGCUUUGGAAUUUUUCUCUUCAUUAUUUAUCCUGGAGCAUUUGUUGAUCUGUUCACCACCCAUUUGCAACUUAUAUCACCAGUCCAGCAGCUAAGGAUAUUUUGUGCAGGUAUAUGGCAUAAUUUUGUCCUUGCUCUCCUUGGAAUUUUAGCUCUUGUUCUCCUCCCAGUAAUUCUCUUGCCAUUUUACUACACUGGAGUUGGGGUACUUAUCACUGAAGUCGCAGAGGACUCACCUGCCAUUGGACCCAGAGGCCUUUUUGUGGGAGACCUUGUCACUCAUCUUCAGGAUUGCCCUGUGACUAACGUGCAAGAUUGGAAUGAAUGUUUAGAUACCAUUGCAUAUGAGCCCCAAAUUGGUUACUGUAUAAGUGCAUCAACGUUACAACAGUUAAGCUUCCCAGUUAGAGCAUACAAACGACUAGAUGGUUCUACUGAAUGCUGUAACAAUCACAGCCUCACAGAUGUGUGUUUUUCCUACAGAAACAAUUUUAAUAAGCGUUUGCAUACAUGUCUACCUGCCCGAAAAGCAGUUGAAGCUACUCAAGUUUGUAGAACCAACAAAGAUUGCAAAACAAGCUCAACUUCAAGUUUCUGUAUAGUACCAUCAUUGGAAACUCAUACUCGAUUAAUAAAAGUGAAACAUCCACCUCAAAUUGAUAUGCUGUAUGUAGGGCACCCACUACAUCUUCACUACACAGUGAGCAUCACAAGUUUUAUUCCACGUUUCAACUUUCUAAGCAUAGAUCUGCCGGUGAUUGUGGAGACAUUUGUCAAGUAUCUGAUUUCUCUUUCCGGAGCUCUGGCUAUUGUUAAUGCAGUGCCCUGCUUUGCCUUGGAUGGUCAAUGGAUUUUAAACUCUUUCCUGGAUGCUACCCUUACCUCAGUGAUUGGAGACAAUGAUGUCAAAGAUCUGAUAGGAUUUUUCAUCUUGCUUGGUGGCAGUGUACUUUUGGCUGCCAAUGUGACCCUGGGACUCUGGAUGGUUACAGCACGGUAAUAUUUGUUCUCAUCCAGCAGAAAGUAUGGAGUACAACUGUGUGGGACUAUCUUUUGCCAUUGAAAUUCUUACUAGGUAUGAAGUGUAAAAUGUUUCCUUAAAACACCUUGGCCAACACCUUUGAGCUCCUCCUAUCUCUAGAGCAUCCAAACUCUGUAGUGGAGAAGUAAUGGAAGACAUGAAAAGCAUAAUUCCUGACUACAUUCUAGUUUCAAAGAUUGAAUGUGCAAAUUUUGAAUGUUUGUGGAACAAUUUGUAAACAAGUGAAAAUUCUCUCAUGUAAUACCAUUUUGUGUGACUAUAUAGCAUUUUAGGGAAAGCAGAAUCUGGUGGUAACGUGUGUGUGUGUGUGUGUGUGUGUGUGUGUGUGUGUGUGUGUGUGUGUGUUACUAGAGUUUGAAACCAAGGCCUCACUUAUGCUACUUAUGCUAAGCAAGCUUUUUACCCCUAAACUAUAUCUUCUGCCCCAGGUAAAAUUUAUUGAAAAGUGCCAUUAAGAUGAUGUGGUGGUGCACAUCUAUAAAUCCAACACUUGCCUAUGUGUUUGGGAGUCUAGGCAAAAGGAUCAUGAAUUCAGGGUCAUCCGUCUUUAGCUACAUAGUGGAAUCCAGGCCAACAUUGGCUACAUAGCAAGACCCUGCUUCAAACGCACGUGUGUAAGCACGUACACACACACACACACACACACACACACACCAUUAAAGAUUUAGGCAUACUGGAUUUUGGUUAAAUGGAAGAUUGAGCAAGUGUUCAUGGUUUUAUAAUGCUUGUCUUUAUCUUGUUUGGAAAGUAUUUUAAAGCUUAAUGGUAUAUUAUACUAUACUCUGAAUACCAAGGUCUGAUUACAAUUAAACCAGUAAAAUUCUAUGAAAGUAUCUGCUAACAUGAAAGCAAAAACUCUGUGCAAGUGAUACCAAGUAAAUAGACAAAGUUGAAAGUAGAUAAGGCCUGUGAUGUGAUAAGACAGUUUUGUCGCUCAAGUAUUCCCUUUUUCAUAGAGGAUCUCUACACCCUCACAACACACUAGCCUUGUUCUAUACAGUUUGCUGCAGGAAGAACCUCCCACAGCAGCAUGUGAGCUCAGGCAGUUAGAGGUGAAUUUGAUAACUAAGAUGAGUCCUCUAACAAAUCACAACAGAACAGACACUGCAGCAAAUCUAGUAAGCACUUUCUAGAGUUUUGCAUCUUGGCACUUUUCCAGAGUAGACCUUUUCCUUUAUGCUGCAACAGCAUUCAACCCUGAGCCAUACUCUGUCCUCACCAGCAUCUAGUAUGUUUCUCUCUGUUGGGGGAUCAAACACCUAAUCUUUGUUUUCUGUCUCCCCAUGAGCUACCUCUGUGAGCACACAAAGACUUAGUAGGAAGUGAGAAUGGCUGCACAAAUGUAGAUUUCCCAGAGUCUAGGAACAGACUCUUGAGCCCUAAAGAACCCCCGUUGGUCUUGUGGAUAGCAAUUGAACCCUGAGAAAUCAGAGUCAGCUGGCCUGUGUGAAGCUGUUAGUCUUAGGGAUAUGUGCACACACUGUUUCUUUCAUGAAAAAUACACAUUUGAUGAAACACACACACAUUAGAAGUAACAAAAGGCAGGCCGGGCGGUGGUGGCGCACGCCUUUAAUCCUAGCACUUGGGAGGCAGAGGCAGGCGGAUCUCUGUGAGUUCGAGGCCAGGCUGGACCGACAGCCUCCAAAACAAUACAGAGAAACCCUGUCUCAUAAAAACCAAAAAAAAAAGAAAUAACAAAAGGCACUAGUUCAUUCAUUGCUAGCCAGACAUAUAUACCUCCUUCCUGAAGUACUUCAUGAGGUUACCUUUUUUAGAACAUUAAUUAUCUUAAGCUCCUAAAAUUUUUAAAUCAAUUUUUAGAAAAUUUUUAGACUUUAUUACAAAUUUGCCUUCAUUCUCUAACAGGAAUCAUACACUGAAUAUCAUUUUGAGACUUUAUUAAUGAUGGGCCAUUAGUUGCUAACAGUACUAAAGGCAUACAAAUGUAGUGCUUUUUAGUUUUUAUCCCAGAAAAUAUGGCAUUUGUUGUCUUCUGUGGUCACUCAGGACCAAAAUGUAUUUGCAUACUAAAAAUGCACAGACCUUUUCAGGUAAAACUUUGAAAAUGCCGUGAAAUACUCACAUAAAUAACUUGGUCGCAUGCAUUAAGCAGUUUACUAAUGAAAUUGUAUGUGUAAAUCAUGUUUUUCAACACUGAGGAAAACAAUUAUUGUUUGGUGUGGUACUUAUAGAACCCAGCAUAGAUAGCUUUACACAUGCUAGCAAGCACUCUGCCACUAACCAACCCCAUAGAUCAUGAAAAUAUUUAAGAAGAGGAAAUUUUAUCCACUAACUUCAUUGUCUGAGUGAAAGCAACAACAAAACAAAACCUCACUUCAUAUUAGCUGCUAAACACCUCUGUCAGCUAAUACAUAGGGUCAGGGUGUGGGAACUUCUCUCCUGGAAGUCCAGAAGAUUUGUAUACAAAUGGCUUCACUGAUUAAGAAAGGACAUGUUACAUAUUGUCUCUUCAGCUUCACUGUGGGCUCUUCUACUGUGAGUGUGUCAUUCAUACUCAGCUUUGUCUCCCUGCACAGUGCAUGAGAUAUUAGAAGUACUUAAUAUGCUUGAAUGGAUGAUGAUUAGUGUUUAUUUAUGGAUAGGAAAGCAUGCUUCUAUUUAAGUAAGCUGUAAAAAGGAUUGUUGAAUAUUUACUGUACAUAUAUGUUAACAUAAAAAACACUUGGAAGGUCUUUAUGUCCCUGGUGUAUUACCAUCUUUAUGGAAAAAAAUCUAUUUUGAUUUCUGUAGAGCAAUGAGAAAAAUGAAUUAUAUAGGAAAAAUAAUUUAUGUUGGUGAUUUGAAGUAUCUUUGUGUUGUCACCUUGUUCAACAGUAAAACUUUGUUCUCAGUGUUCCUAUUCUGCAUUGUUUACAUUUUAAGGUUUUUAUUUUAAUCAUCUGUAAUUGUAAAGAAUGUAUAUAUUAUUUUCAGCAUCAGUUUGGAGAGAUAUGCAGUUAAACUUGACUUUUUGAUAAUCAUUUCUAGGUCAUUGUGCUAACAGGAAAUUGUAAACAUAUGCUUCAUAGUGAUGUGGCUCUCUGUCAUCAUUGUGUCCUUGGUAUUUGAGCAUCCACAUACUAGUAGCACACAGAUAAUUUUUUCAAUAACUCUUUUGAAUGAGCUGUAAUUCCUUUUUAGGCUUUAACUUGAUGGUAUAGUAAUUGUCAGAAUUUGAUGCUUAGCAAUAAAAGAACUCAUGUAAACCAGCA